AUGGGAAGCCUGACUAGCUGCUCCCUGACGCUCCUCCUCCUGCUGGCAUCCCUGAUCCAGGGUCGGAUGGUAGACGGGGAGGAUGGCAGGCCGUCCUGCAGUCGCUGCGACCUCUAUCUGUCCUGUAACUGCUCCCACGGUGGAUUUACCCAGGUUCCCAUGGUAACCGACCAAGCUCUCAUCCUGGAUCUUUCCUUUAACAACAUCACCCUGGUGACUCAAGAUGACCUGAUGCGAUACUCGCGUUUGAGGGUUUUAAAUCUCCAUGGUAACAGUAUCACUGUGAUCCAUCCAUCAGCGUUUGACUCGCUGUGGAGCCUGGAGGAGCUGGAUCUGUCUGACAACCAGCUGACGGCCCUCAACCAGCAGUGGUUCAACGAGCUGGGGGUUCUGCAGCAGCUCAACCUGCUCAACAACCCGUACAGCCAUCUUAGUUCAAAUUCGUCGUUUCAUGGACUCGUCCGCCUGAGGAGGCUGAUGUUUGGAGGUCCAGCUCUGAAGGAGCUGAGGAGAGGAGAUCUGCUAGGAGUCACAGAGCUGGAUGAGCUCACUGUGCAUGCCAACAACCUGGCCAGGUACGACUCUGGGACAUUAGGAGACAUUUGGCCUCUGGGUCAUAUUACCUUAAGCCUCCAGGGUCCAUUCCUAACCAAUGUGACCUUGGCUGCAGCUGUGCUCGCUGACAUAUCGUACCCUGAGACUCUGAUCACUUUAGAGGACAUCCAUCUGAUUGGGACCCAGUCUGUUCAGCCCUUCAGGGAGUCAGCCAAGAAAAGGAUCCGGCAAAUUUCUUUCCGCAACCUUUCCGUGUCUGAUGAGUCGAUUGUUGACUUCCUUGUGGUAACGGAUGGUGUCCCCCUCUCCCUCAUUUCCAUUAAAGAUGCCCAGCUGACAGGCGAAGGGAGGUGGGAGAAAGCCAAUCGGACAGAUCACAAAAGCAUCGACGAGUUCUUUCUCCAAAAUACUGUGAUUCUAGAUGCUUUUAAGUUCACUGCAUUCCUACAGCUAGGUUUUCUUCUGAAUUACCCAAGAAAGUUGUCCAUCAUAAACUGUGGGGUAUUUGUGAUGCCCUGUGAAACCUCCAGAAUGCUGGUAAAUCUGCAGUACCUUGACUUGUCCAGCAAUCUACUGACUGAUCUUACUAUAGCAGAAUCGCUUUGCCAUGGACAGGAAACCCUGAAGCAACUCAGAGUUUUGAACAUCAGUGGAAACCCUCUAAAGUCUUUCUCCACGAUAAGCCGAAUGGUGGCCAAGCUCCCGAAACUGACUCACCUGGACAUCAGUAGAACUGGCUACAACUUAAUGCCUUCAACUUGCUCCUGGCCAGUAACACUGAAGUACCUCAACAUCUCCAGAGCUAAGCUAACCACCAUCACUGACUGUUUACCACAAUCACUUGAGGUGCUGGACCUGAGUUACAAUGAUCUCAAAGAUAUCUCCCUGUCCUUACCUUUAUUGAGGGAGCUAUACCUGUCUGGAAACAAGUUCCAAGUAUUACCAAACGGACAGCAGUUUCCCAAUCUACAAACUCUAACAAUGCAGUUUAACACCCUGAAUGUGUUCGGUCUUCCAGACCUCCAGUCAUACAAACGGCUUGAGAGCCUCCAGGCGGGUUACAACAAGUUCAUCUGCACCUGUGAUUUUGUUCAUUUUCUACAAUUUGAACUCCAAGAAGGCGGCGUUGUCAAGUUAACAGACAGCAAGGACAGCUAUGCUUGUGACUCCCCUUUCCACCUGAAGGGGGGGGCAGUGAGUGAGGUCCGCCUCUCGAUCGUCGUUUGCCAUCAGGUUUUAUUUGUCUCUGUGUGCUGCGGCGUUGCCCUAUUCUUUGGGUUACUGGUGUGCAUUUUGCUCUGGCGCCUCCAUGCCUUCUGGUACAUCAAGAUGACUUGGGCAUGGCUCAAAGCCAAACGAAGUUCCCACAAACAACGAAAAGACACCAUGGACUCGGAAGCGUUGCUGUCCUUUGAUGGUUUUGUUUCUUAUAGUGAAAAGGAUGCUAGCUGGGUAGAAAACUUCUUGGUACCAGAGUUGGAGGAGCCAAGUGAGGGCAGUUCCAGGAGUGCUUGUUCCUCUCAGCCAUUGUCGUUGUGCCUCCAUAAGCGGGACUUCCUUCCUGGACACGCCAUUGUAGACAACAUCAUCAGCGCCAUUGAGCACAGCCGACAUACUAUCUUUGUCCUCUCCGAGAAUUUCGUCCAGUCGGACUGGUGCCGCUAUGAGCUGGAUUUUUCCCACUUCUGGCUGUUUGAUUCAGGUGGAGAUGCUGCCAUCUUGAUUCUGCUGGAGCCAUUAUCCAAGGAUGACGUUCCAAAACGAUUCUGCAAACUGCGCAAACUCAUGAGCUCUACCACCUACCUGGAAUGGCCUCAGGAGGAGGACAGGAGGCCAGAGUUUUGGAGGAGUCUACGCAAAGCUCUGAAAAGAGACGAUGACUGAAAGGAAAAAAGUUGGAAGGAGAAGGCACAUGAAACUGUGUGUAGAGCUAAACAAAGAACAAUGAGAAUGAAAU